GAUCACCAGUCUGUGCAAGAGCAACCCACGAGCCACUUGGGACCAGAUGGGUGCCCCGUGGAGGCAUCUGCUGGUGGCGGCCGCUUGCCUGUCGGCGUCGACGGCGGCCCGCAUACUGGCCGUGUACAGCGUGCCGGCCUGGAGCCACUGGAACGUGUUCCGGCCUCUGCUAUGGGAGCUGGCUGAGAGGGGGCACCACGUCACCAUUCUCACCUCCCACCGCGAGAACCAGCCGCACCCUAACUGGACCGUUGCGCCAGUUGGCGAGCACCUCGAUCUGAUGCCGGGCGCACACAUAGAUAUUUUCUCCUUCGGGGCGAACAAGAUCGAUAUGGUAAGGCGCUUGAUGCGGUACGGCGAGCGUUCGUGUCCGAGGCUGAUGGAAGAGCCCGAGGUGCAGCGACUGCUGGCGUCGCCGGACGACAGCUUCGACCUGCUCAUCGCGGAGCUGUUUUUCAACGACUGCCUGCUGGUGCUGGCCCACAAGUUCCGUGUGCCCAUAGUGGGCACCUGCCCCUUCGAGGGCGCGCCCUGGAUGGACGACAUGGUGGCCAACCCGCAGCCGCCCGCCUCCGUGCCCUACGCCUUGCUGGACUACGGCCGGCUCGACUCGCUGCUGGACCGCGCGCUCAACGCGGCCUACGGCGCCCUGGUGAGGGCGUACCGCCGCCACGUCUACCUGCCCGCCGUCGACGCCGUCGUGCAGAAGUACGUGCCCGGCGCUCCGCCGCUGGCCGAUCUCGAGCGCACCACGUCCCUGGUCAUGAUCAACUGGCAUCUCAGCUUCAACCGCCCGCGGCCCAUGCUUCCCAACGUUGUCGGUUAUGGAGGAAUGCACAUAAAGGCUCCUAAGGCUCUCCCACAGAAUAUACAGAAGUUUCUUGAUGACGCAGAGAAUGGAGCUAUAUAUUUCAGUCUUGGCACCAAUGUUAAAAGCACAGUCAUGAAAAACGAGACGAAAUUGGCCUUCGCUGAGGCUUUCUCGCGUCUGAAGCAGAGAGUAUUGUGGAAGGUCGAUGAGGACGAGCUGCCAAAACAACCAAGUAAUGCUAUGACAUCCAAAUGGUUACCACAGCAAGAUAUAUUAGCUCAUAAGAAUGUUCGUUUAUUUAUGACUCACGGCGGUCUCAUGAGUAUUCAAGAGGCAAUAUACCAUGCAAAACCGAUCAUAGGAUUCCCUGUUUUCGGAGACCAAUUCCACAAUAUGAACAGAGCUGAGGAACUUGGAUUUGGAAUUAAAAUCACAUUUGCAAACAUAUCUCUGGAGUCAAUUACUUGGGCCGUCAGUGAAGUACUGGAAACUUCCAGUUAUCGAGAAGCAGUGCAGCACAGAUCUCGGUUGUUCCGUGACAGUCCAAGGACUCCUCUGGAAGAAGCAGUUUACUGGAUAGAAUACGUCAUACGGCACAAAGGAGCUCAACAUAUGCGUUCAGGGGCUCUUGAUCUCUCGUGGUUCCAGCUGCUCUUACUAGAUGUUGUUGGUGCUAUUAUUCUAGUUACAGUUAUACUUCUCUUUAGUGUCUCUGUGAUACUCCGACUGCUGUUGAGAACGAUUAGGCAUGUUCCCGCUGUAAUGACCAAAAAGAAAGUUUCCAAACGAGACUAAAUUUUCAGGUACUGCUCCCGUCUGGCACGUGCCCUUCGCUGUAGGACCCAGAAGUGUAUGAACUCAGUUAUCACGUUAAAAACAUGCGUUGUCGGAAGAAUUCUGCGGGCUACUUCCGUGGUCUGUCAUAAAUCUGACCUACUCCUUUACCUCUAGGCUGUGCUGGCGCCUCCGUAGAGUUACACUAAGGGAUACGUCACGGUACUGUUUGGCUAAAGUACUUACUCGUCCUGCACUCCGACUGGCGCCCGUCUGGUACAUAAUUACCACUCACUUUGGCACCCUUUGUCCCGGUAGAAGUGACACUUGUUGACUGGAAAUAUUUUGCUUGUACCUGAGGCUGACUAUUUCACUGCCAUACUGGGGUACUAUCGUCUUGAUAAUAAGAAAGAAAGUCAUUAUUUCACAUUUAUUUGAGAUAACCAGAAGAACUCUUCUGUUGAACUGAUAAAUUUGUACAAAGUUCUCAGCCGUUCACCGGCACUGAUGAUCAUUCCAGAUACGCAUGUAAUAUUACGAUGUAAUAAAGCGUGUGAAAUAGAUAAAUAAAAUAAUAACUACCCCAGCAACGUA